GCUGUAGAGUUUGGUGCAUCAUUGACUUGAAACUUUUUAUUUCACUAUAGCUUAUAUUGGUUAAGUUGUCAGGUGCAGAAAAAAAACAUGUAAUGCAAGUGAAUACCAAGGAUUUAUAAAGUGUACUAUGCAGAUGCUGGUACAGCUACCCACAAACAGACACAGAAACAGCUGGAGACAUGCAAGCAGUGACAGCGUAAUUUAAUAUAUAAAACAUUCCACAUGACAUUUUGCCACAUGCUAAUAAUCCUAAAACUGUCCAAAUCGCUCCAAAUUAUAUUAUAUUAUAGAGCGUGCACCCCUUUGAAAUGGAGUGCAGAAUGGAGUAUUUAUGCGGGCCACAUUUAUUAAUAUCAUUAUAUAAACUUUAUAUUAAAAUAGUUUUCGUGCUUGUAGAAAUUAAGUGUAAAGAAUUAAAUCAAAGUUUAAAAGUGAUGAUUGCAUUAUUACUUUUAUGGAAAGUGCAGUAUUCAAACUAUCCAAAAGAGGGAGACAGAGUUCUACCAAGUGAUCCCCUGCACUCCCAAUGUCCUGACCAGGCUUUCACCCCUCACUGGUGUAAGGAUAUCCACCCUAUCUCUCCCUCCAUCGAGGUAAAUGCCCUAUGUCAGGUUUAGCUUAUGCAUUCCCUUCCCUGCUCCCUCUACGCCCUCCUUAAAGCUGUUUCUAAAAACCUCCACAAGGGGGCUCUACUUGACAGCCUAUUCUGCAGAAGAUGAAGAACCCAAAUGGGAUCCGAACCUCACUGCACCCGCCAUCUUGUUUCCCGCCCUCCGAAGUAUAAACUUAUCUACUGUCGAUUAGAUCUGAAACAAAACGGCUUGGGUCAGACACAAGGCCGCCAUUUUUUAGAAGACAAAGGCGUAAAAAUCAUGAUGCAUGAGCUGUUAACACUGUAUUUACUGUCAGUAUACUGUCAUUUAAUAUUGAGAUUCUAUUUUCAUUCAAAACUUUUGGGUUUUGUGAAAGAUGUUAUCAGUAUUGUAUUACUAAAGCAAUGAAUGUGAUGUGAUAAGAAAGGACGUUUGGUAGGAGUCUAAGUUGAACUGACCUUGAACAGAAUUCAUGAAGUUAUCGCAUGGUGUCGUCUGUGAUUGUUACCUACAAAGAAUGACUAAAAUAUUUUCUAUUUUGUUGAAAAACUUAGAAAUAAGACGAACUGAGAGGACGCGUAUAGAACAGUGGAGAAACUGGUCGAGAGAGAAAGAUGGGGAGUGAAGGCAAGAUAAAAAGCUGGAGAGAUGGGUAGAAAAAAGAGAGGCUUGUCGUUUUGUUGCCCAUGUGAUGAAUGCCUGUUGGGACAACAGAUGUGUGGUGAUGUCAUUUUGUGUGUAUGUGUGUGUGUAUGGGGAGGAGCAUUAGGAAAGUGCACUCAUUCCAGCAAUAAGAGGGAAGAUGGAGGGUGGGGUAUUACUGGGCUCUUGACUCCUGACAGGCCUGUGAGCCCUUAUUAGCUUCUCUGGUCUGUAUGGUGUAAAUUGUGAGUCAUGCUCUUUUUGUAGUUGUUGUUUAAUAAAUGACCUAUACGGAUUUCUAGGUUCUUAAGUAUUUUCAUCUUCAAGAAAUAAAUACAUAAAAAAAUGUUAUCUGUAAAUGACUUAAGCAUUCGGAUAAAUUUACUGUCGCUGUUUUUCCACAUCUAGUGGCUAGUCAACUAGGAAAAAUUACUAGACACAUUUUAUAAUGUUAUGUUUUUUUACUUUUCACUUUUAUACUUAAGAGUAUUUAUCAUAAGAAUAUAUUUGGAUUAUAUUUAAAAAAAAAACAUGAAUUUGUUUUACUUUUUUUAAUUUACUUUUUUGUAAGAUUUAUGAUGCGUCCCAAUCCGCCCACUUAUACUAUGCUCUCAAAGUAACCUAUGUACUGCUUUUGUUAUGCAAAACUGUAUGAACGCACUAGGACAUACUAACGCGAAACUGAAGUGGCCUUUGUUGACACUGUGAUCCUUAACUUUCACGAACAUCAAAAUACAGCUCUUCCUUGCAUUAAAGUAUUCAUUCACUCAUUAUAUUGUAUGCAAUGUUUACUGCAUUAAAUGUAUUAAUUUAAUUAUUUAUUCUAUUUAUUUAAUUGUAUUAAUGCAGUGUAGCAUCACUAAACUCCACCCUCUCACAGUGAGUUGUUUUUAAUAGCAGCCGUUGAGUGUCCAUGGAUUUACCAUUUAAAUUUUAACCAGAAACAGUAGACCAUUCGGGUACUUUGAGAACACUCAUUUCACCAUACUAUGAUUUGGGACAUACUCAUUUUUUUUUAAUACUAUAUAGGACGGAUAGCAUGCGAAUUGGGACAAAAUAGAUAUUUUUCUGGUGAUAUUAAUGGUGCAGGCCAAUGUCUAACUCACAGCAUCAUAUACCAGGCAAGUCUCUGUUUCUUUGUAAAACGGCCCCCAUCACAGUAACACGUAGAAGACACAUCUUUAAUUCAUUCCUUGGCUCAAACCGAAGAAUAAUGUGCAUAUGUAUCACCACGUGGCAUUUAAGAAAAAGUUUUAUCCUGGAUAAACUUCUCACUGUAAAUUUUCUGAUGUAACUGAUAUAAAAUCUAACUGAUGUGUACAUCUAACUGAUGUAAAAAUCGUUAGAAGACACGAAACGUGACAGAUUUUUCUGAAGUAAAGCUACAGGGAUAGUUCACAGAACAAAAAUUCACCUUCAUGUCUUUCAAAAAGAAGAUAUUUUGAAAAAAUUCUCGGUGCUUGUAGUUUCACACAAUGUGAUCCAAUGUUGUUUGGUUACCAACUUUUUCAAAAGUAUUUUCUUUUGUGUCCUGCAGAGUAAAUGAGGAAAUAACUUUUAUUCUUGGGUGAACUAUCCCUUUAAACUGUGCAUUGUAUUGCCGACCCUUAUAGUUAUACUGUUUUGUAAGUUAGGCCAUUGCACAUUAAGUGCGAAAUUUGGGUCCAAAAUUUCUACACGUUAAAAAAUAAAUACGACCUCACGUUGUUGUCAAUCACAUUUACACACUACCUCCUAUAUUUUCAUAUGUCAUAAAAAUUUCAGACUGGGUUAGAUUUUCCCUUGUUUUCGCAUCCAUAGCAAGCAUUUUGAAAGGCAUUUUGACCAUUCAGAGACUCCGUACAAACGAGCACCAAAUUCGAAAAAACGCAUAUGAAAAUUUCGGACUGUAUGUGCAAGACCUUACUUUCCUACUCUGUAUGAAUAUUUGAUUAGUAACUAGAUGAAUUACUUUACAGUGUAAUUAGAUGGCCUUAAAAAUUACUCCCUCCAAAAAGUAUAUGAUUACCUCAGAAGUAACUGUAAUUAAAUAACAGAAAAAUCCCUUACUUUACUUUUUCAAGGGAAAAGUAAUUAAUUUACAGUAACUAAUUACUAAGUAACUAGUUACACCCAGCACUGGAUAUGCUGGCAAAAUGUUGCUUGUGUUAGGUGCUGAACUGUCACAGUCACCAGCUGCAGUGCCCUCUAAAUUAACAAGAGGCCAAUCUCCAUAUCACCCGGACUUUCAAUCACUACAUUUCCCAUAAGUCAUUGCCUGGACUCAUUGUUUAAUCAUUCACACCUGUUUCUCCCCUUCAAUAAAACUGAGUUUGGAUCUUCACCUCUGAGCCUGUGAAAUUCGUGACAGAAAACCAAGCCACUAAUGGAUCCAGCAGUCUUUUUGGCCCUGACUCCACCAAGGUAACGUUUCCCUCGAGGACCAUGUACAGGCUUUUAUACCAAUUAUACUAAAUAUCCGGACUGUAUAUUAAUAGAGCUGCUCUUAUGUCCUUUGGCUCCCCCUUUACCGGGCGCAAGGUGGAGGAGGAAGUUUCCCCUACAUUUUUUUCGUGAGGGGGCAGUUGGCCUCAGGCUCCACUGGCCAGACCCAGGAUGGCAGCCUCCAUCCCCACGCUGAUGGUGGCCAGCCCGAUCAUCAAGGGGACCGCCAGCCCAGAGCCCACUCGUAAGAUGGCCACCAAUCCAGAGCCCACUCGCAAGAUGGCCGCCAGUCCAGAGCCUGCUCCCAUGAUGGCUGCCAGUCCAGAGCCCGCUCCCAAGAUGGCCGCCAGUCCAGAGCCUGCUCGCAAGAUGGCUGUCAGUCCAGAGGCUGCUCGCAAGAUCGUCGUCAGUUCAGAGGCCGCUCGCAAGAUCGUCGUCAGUCCAGAGGCCGCUUGCAAGAUGGUUGCCAGUCCAAUGACUACUCGUAAGAUGGCGGUUUCAAGGUCCAGGUGUCUGGUUUCAAGCCCGGCUGAAGCCCAUCUGUCGUCUGUUCGGAGGGCCGGUGUCCCCAAGGCCCAGAGUCCGGUGGUGCCGGAAGUAGCUGGUAUUGAAGCUCUUCCUUUUGAAUCUGCUCUGCUGGUGGUGGUUGCUGCAUUUGAGUGUCUCUGGGCUGUGCAUUGCUCUCCCGUUCCAGAGGCCAUUGAGAGGAUGGCUGGCAAGAUCUUCCUGAGAUCCCUAUUUCAGUUUAGAUGGCCACCGAAGAUCUUGUAUAGAUCCCUGCCUCAGUCAAGAUGGCUGCCUAUGAUCUUCUUGAAUCCCUUCCUCGGUCAAGAUGGCCAUCUAUGAUCUUCUCGAAUUCCAUGUUAAAAGUCAAGAUGGCUGCCGAUGAUCUUCUUGAGAUCCCUUCCUCGGUCAAGAUGGCCAUCUAUGAUCUUUCAGAGAUCCCUACCUGCCUGCCUGCCUGCCACGUCCAGGUUUACAGCCCUUCCUGCUCGUCCAGGUUUACAGCCCUGCCUGCCACUCCCUGGCCUCCAGACCAGCUUGUUCCUCCCUGGCUGCCUGACCAGCCAGUGCCUCCCUAACCGCCUACUCGACCUGCGCCUCCCCAGCAUGCGCCUCCCUGGCCACCUGACCAGCCUGAGCCUCUCUGGUCGCCUACCUAGCAUGCGCCUCUCUGGCCGCCUACCUAGCCUGCACCUCCCUGGCCGCCUGUCAAGUCUGUGCCUCUGCACCAGGGCCCAGGUCCGCCUCUGCUCCACAGCUCAGGUCCUGUUCCCCUUCACGGGCCUGGCCCUCCAUCAUGCCCCCUGUUCCGCCUCAGCUCCUCCACCCUCCUGGACUGUCAUUUAAGGGCGUCUGUACUCUGCCUUUAGAGGGGGUGUCACAGUCACCAGCUUCACUGCUCUCUAAAAUUCAAAAGAGGCCACUCUCCACAUCACCCGGACUUUCAUUCGCUAUACUUCCCAUAAGUCAUUGCCUGGACUCAUUGUUUAAUCAUUCACACCUGUUUCUUGUUAUCUGUUCAGUUCGGUUUUGUCAGUCAUUCAUUGCUUGGUUUCGGUCUGGAUUUUUAUAUUGUUUGGACUGUCUCUCUGGUUAUGACCUGUGCCAUACUCUCUGUACUCUCUGAUUUGCCUGUGGAUUACCCCCUUAAUAAUACUGCGUUUUGAUCCUCACCUCUGAGCCUGUGCAAUUUGUGACAUGAACGAGUGGUAUUGUAAUUCUGUGCCUUACUUGUACCUGUGAAGGUCAACACUUCUCAGCCAACCACUAACGGCCUCUCUCCGUUCAGAGAGUGCAUCUCUAGGGUAUUUACCUUUCCAUACCCCACUGUCCCCAUACGCCACAUUGCACACAACUAUCUUUCAGUAAUAGAUCACUGACCGAGCGAGUAUCUGAUUUAAUUGUGGUUGUAAUGUUAAACUUUUGCCUCUGUCUUCUGCCUCUCUCUGAGAGGCAUAACAAGUCAAUUGUUCUUGCGGUAUGCCGUGACAAUAGCUGUUUGUCAUCGUGUGGAGCCAGAAAGAGACAGGCCAGAACACACAGUAACUGCACUUCAGUACUGCCAGCACUACACUUUCCCAGCAGGGUCACACCAAGGCCAAAGUACUCCCUGUCACACCAUGUAUUCCCUUGUCUUUUCCUCAGUGUGUGUGUGGCAAUUACCACAAUAUGAUAACCUUUUUCGCGUUGACAGUUUUAACUUCAACAAAACCUACAGAGACAAGCAUUCAGCUUUCGUUAUUCCAAGUGAAUUUUGCUGACAUGGGAAAGCAAGAUUUUAUGUGGGAUAAGUUUAGCAAAAAAUGAAAAAUCUAUUAACCCUCAUAACCCAUAUGACCUAUUUUUGAAGAAUGCUUUGCAUGCUCCCAUAAAAAUAACAGCAAAAAACACGAGCUUAUCCUAAAGUAGUACAUAUAAACAGUGUUAGGUGUAACUAGUUACGGAGUAGUUAAAUACUGCAAUUUAAUUUCUUUUCCCAUAAAAAGUAAAGUAAGGGAUCACUCUUAUUUCUUCUGUAAUUUAUUAAGUUACUUGGAUAUAAUUGAACUAAAUACUGUGUAAUGUAUGCAAUAGUGGAAUU